UACAAUUUUGUUGGGCGGAUACUUGGUCCACGUGGAAUGACAGCAAAACAACUUGAACAAGAAACGGGUUGUAAAAUAAUGGUACGAGGUAAAGGAUCAAUGCGUGAUAAAGCCAAAGAAGAGGCGAACAGAGGAAAACCAAACUGGGAGCAUCUAUCCGAAGAUUUGCAUGUGUUGAUCCAAUGUGAAGACACACCGAAUCGUGCAGUUAUCAAACUGAAGCGUGCAUCGGCUGAAGUCAAAAAACUUCUCGUACCAUCAUCGGAAGAUGACGAAUUGAAGAAGAAACAGUUAAUGGAAUUGGCGAUUAUCAAUGGCACAUAUCGAUCUGGAACUGUUGUCAGUCAAGCGCAAGCCGCACAAGCGGCAGCUGCAGUCGCAACGAAAAGCUCGUUAGCUGCAUUACAAGCACGCUUGAUGGCUCCAAUGCCACUCGCUCAGUCGGCAGCAAGCUUGCGAUCACCUACUUUGGCUGGUGCACCAAUAAUUUUAUCACCGUCGCGCAAUGCGACAAAUAGCAGUCAAAAUGCGGCAGCAGCAUUCGCUGCGCAACUGCAAGCGGUUGCCAACCAGCAACAGCAGAAUGCGGCCGCGGCUGCAGCGUUCUCACAACAAGCAGCCGCUGCGGCAAAUCCGGCGGCCGUCGCGGCUGCUGCAGCAGCCGGUAUCCCUGCACAUCUCUUACACCCUCAAUCAAUUGCUCAAAACGAGUACGGACAAUUCUAUAUCAACUCGAUGUCGUACGACCCAACAACACAAACAACUGCCUAUGCGGUACCAGUAAGCAGUGCAAGUGCGGCAGCUUCCCUUCAAGCAGCCCAACAGCAACAGUAUGCUGCGGCGGCUGCCGCUAUGCUAGGCGCUUCACCGUACCUUAGCGACUAUUCGGCUGCUGCAGCUGUGGAUCUGUCACAUGCUGGUGCGAUGCUCUGUAACCAACGUCGUGUAUUGGGUCAGUCAAGAGAGCAUCCUUAUGCUGCUGGCAAAAGUUCGUCUUCAUAA